AUGGCGGCGGCGGGCGGGGGGGGCUCGUCGGUGUCGGUGCUGGCCCCUGGCGGGCGGGUCACGGUGCGGGUAGGGCCCGGCACGGCGCUGCUGCAGAUCCUCGAGGAGGUCUGCAGGAAGCAGGGCGCCAGCCCCGACGAGUACGGCCUCAAGUUUCAGAGAAGCAUGUUGGAUCUCUCCCUGCAGUGGAGGUUUGCCAAGCUGCCCAACAAUGCCAAGCUGGAGAUGGUGCCAGUGUCGUGUAACCGUGGGGGAAUGGGGAGCACGGUUCGGAUUGCAUUACAUUUAGAUGAUGGCUCUCGCUUACAAGAUUCCUUUCUUUGUCAACAAACUUUAUGGGAGGUUUUCAACCAUUUUCCGAAGACCAGAGAGUUUAUGGAACAGCAUGGUGAAUUUUCUCUGGUCUGUAUUUACAUGCGAGAUGAGAUAACGGGAAAAGAUGCCCUAAGGAAGACAACGCUGAAGUCACUUGGUCUGACUGGGGGCAGUGCCAUCAUCAGGGUGGUUUUGAAGAAAUGCUCUUCCUCUAGUCAGGAGGAGGCCGUGGAUUCCAUGGUCCAGUGUAAUGAGCUGACAGUGAGUGCUGGCUCCACCGAAGCAGCAGUGGCUGUGCCCCUAACUCAAGCACAUGCUUUCCCAGAGGGCUUGGACCAUAGUGCUGUGACCUCAUCUUUACAUAACUGCAAAAACAACCAAGACUUCAUAAGAGAAUCUCAUACCAGCUUGGGGGAACUGUGUCCUCCCUUGAAGCAUGAGUGUGCUGCAUUUGUCCAUUUUUCUGGAGAAGGACAAUGUCUGGAGGACUCUCCUGAGGCUGCAGCAUCUCCUGGGUCAGACAAGCCAUCUUCAAAGCUGCCAAUAUCUUCCUCCAGCCCUGGAGGCCCUUCUAGGCCAAAGAAAUCUAAGAACAGCCAAGAAUUACUAAAGGAGCAAGAACAGCUAUUAGAACGAGAACCACUUGUAUAUCAUCUAGACCUGCUAGAACCUCUUCCUGCUGUCUUGGAAGACCUUCCUGAUGAUUUUUUUGAAGUCACAGUGGAUGAUGUACGGAAACGUUUGGCACAGCUGCAGAGCGAGAGGAAGCGUCUGGAAGAAGCUCCACUGAUGACAAAAUCUUUAAGAGAGGCUCAGCUGAAGGAAAAGUUAGAACGUUACCCAAAGGUGGUGUUGAGAGUACAUUUCCCAGACCGUCACGUUCUGCAAGGGUUCUUCCGUCCUACCGAAACUGUUGGCAUCUUGAGAGACUUUGUAAGAAGCCACCUUGCAGAUGUGGAUUUGCCAUUCUACUUGUUUAUUGCACCUCCCAGAAUCAUCUUGAAUGAUGAAAAUUUGACGCUGUUUGAGGCUAAACUCUUUCCCACUGCUGUCAUUCAUUUUGGAUCUCAGAAGAGCAGGGAUUGUUACCUGAAGUCGGACCUUCUGUGCUCUGUAGUUUCCCCUUCUGCAGCUGAUUUAUUAAUAGCCAGAUAUUUGUCCAAAUCAGUACUUCCUUCUGCUUCAUCGUCUUUAGAAUCAGCAGUGCCUUCCCUGACUGAGCCAGAAGGGGGAAGUGAAAAAAAGACCAAUGAGCAGCCAGAACCAGCAACAGUACGUGAAGUUCCACAGCGCAUAAGCAAGGCCCCUGGGAAGAUACCCAAAUGGCUGAAGCUGCCAGGUGGGAAGAGAUGAAACAUUCUUGGCUGCUGGAUUAGUGUAACAUUAACCUGUGCAUCUCUCCUGAUGAAGUACUUCAGAAUUGUAAGAAACUGUUGGUGGCCCUGGAGAAACCUAAUCUAAAUGAACAUGAGUUAUAAAUAGAAAAUUGUUUUUGAACUGCCAGCUUCAUCUUUUGGAGAGUGAAGGCCUGUCUUACAGUACUUCUGACUAUAGAAGCAGAGUCAGAAGUUAAAGAUUUUUUUUUUUUUUUGCAUGUAGAUAAUAUGAAUAGAGAAUUGAGGGGAGAUAUUUACUAGUUAUUCUCUGUCAAAGAUUUUGCCUCCUUCCAUUUUUUGAAAUUCAGAUCUUCCUAGUUCUGCCUUUGGAGAUAACUUGAGAUGUUCUAACUGCCUGAACUCUAGCAAUAAGAUACAGUUUGAUUUCAUUUUACUGUAUCUAAGUGUGCCUAGAACAAGAACCCUCUUUGCUGAUUGGGGUUAGUGCUCCUGUAAUUCUGGGCAUAGAUUGCUGAAAAGUGGGUGAAGAACGUGCCUUUUAGGUUAUUCCUAACAGUUUAAGUGGGUUUUUCUGUGAAUCUCUUGGUUUGCUGCACUUAGCUGUUUUCAAUCGACAGUCUUGUUAACAAAGAACACGGGUACCUGUUAACAGAAUGCAUAUGGAGAUUUUAUGCCUCAAGCUGUGUUUUGUUUUCAUUACACAGAAUUAAUAUCAUUAAUUACCAUUCUAAUAAGUAAAAAACAUCCCAUGAAAGGGUCUCUCUGUGUGACCUUCCAUCUUAUUGACGACUGCUGUGGUCUGAGUGUUUCCACAGCAGAGUGGCAGUUUAUUGCAGUGCAUUGAGUUCCGGAACAGUGGGGCAGAUCUUUGUCUCAUGAGAUAUACAGAGAUGAGUGUUAUUUUUUAAAAUUGUACCUGCCCUGGAGAUGAACUCUGUAGUGCCACACUGGC